GCCGAGUCCACGAAAAGUGGAAUCCUUAGUCAGCUCUUUGCCUCCCGAGAACGUAAAGCAGGUGCGACAACUUUUAGGCUUCGCAGGAUUCUCUACCCUAUUUACCGACAAGAUUCUACGGAACUUAAACGCGUCAUUACUCAGGCUAUCUCCUUGUUUGGGGUGCCAAAACUUAUGGUCACGGACAAAGGACGUAUGUUCGAGUCUAAAGAAUUCGUGGCAUGGAUUAACGAACUCGGCUGCAACCUGCACUACAUCACGCCAGAGAUGCACCAGGCAAAUGAUCAAGCGGAAAGGUACAUGCGGACAAUACUCAACAUGUUACGCAUCCAAGCCAACCACAAAAAUCUGCAGUGGACGGAAACUCUGUGGAAACUACAACUGGUGCUGAACAUCACAAGACAGAAGACUACGCAGGUAUCUCCCUUGAAUCUUCUAAUAGGCACAGAAUCUACAACUCCUGUGGUUCGAGCGCUAGUACGUGAUGUGGCAAUCGAGGGUUUGGCACCUAACAGAGAGGCACUACGUGAAAUCACAAGAAGCAGAGCCCGAGAACUCCUCAGUAACAACCAAAUCAAGCAAGACGAGCAAGUUAACCAGCGACGGAGUACACCACGCCAAUUCAAUGUUGAUGACUUGGUCUUUGUAAUCAAAUACUCUCAGUUGGCAGGGAAACUCGACUCCGGCAUGCGCGGCCCAUACAAGGUGGUGGAAGUUCUACCUAGUGGCCGUUACACGCUACGUUUGCUCGGCGGCAGUUAUGGUAAAACAACGCAGGCUGCUGCUCAGUUCAUUGUGCCGUGGCGGGGUGAGUGGAGCCCUGAAACAUGUGCCGCAUUUUUUGAAAAUGAAACUAACGAUGACGAGGAGACGGAAGCGCAAAUAGAGUUUGCUCCUACAGCUGCACUGUCCAUGCCCUUGCUGGAUGAGGGUGUUGUAACCGAUCCACCGACCUCUCCAGUGGCCGGUCCCAGCGGGAUCACAAGAAGAAACUGUGUCGAGGACGACUCACCGUCAGGAGAGGCCGUGUAAGGAGUUUCUAUCUAUCAU